AUGGCCACCGACUACAGCAAGAAGACCAACGCCGAGCUUGUGGAAGUCCUCAAGGCUCGCUCUCUGCCACACACUGGUAAAAAGGCCGAACUAGUUGCUCGUAUCCAGGAGGACGACGAGAAGACAACCGGAGCUCCCGCCGCCGCUCCCGCCGCAGCCUCAACCGACGCCGCAGAGGACGUGAUCGAUUGGGAUGAUGAUGUGCCCGGAGAGACAGCUGCCACUGAACAGCCUUCCACCGAGGCUGGUGCCAAUGUCAUUGCUGCUGGCGGCAAGGGCGCCGUCCCCAACCCCGUUGCCGUCCCCAACCAGAAACUCGACACCGAUCCCGCUACCACCGAUGAUUUGAAGGUGGAAUCGACCGGCGAGGUUGUCGCUGCUGCAGCGGAACCAGUUGAAGAGACUGAGAAGAAGCCUGCAGUUGAUUACACCCGUGGUCUGCCUGCAACCGAGUUGGAAGAAGAGCUGCGCAAGCGCAAGGCGCGCGCUGAGAAGUUCGGCAUUGUCGAGGAUACAGAGACAGCACUGAAGGAGGCCGAGAAGUCAAUUGCGCGCGCCAAGCGUUUCGGUGCGGAGACCGAUAACACUGCCAGCGCAAGCGUGAAGGGCCUUGAUCAGGCACUCCCGGAUGAGAAGUCGCGCAAGCGGGCUCGUACCGAGGGCGGAUCAGGUGGCCAGGGUGGCCAGGACCGUCAGGGUGGCCAGGACCGUCAGGGUGGCCGAGGUGGUAAGCGUCGUGAUCACGGUCGCAACCGUGGCCGACGUGGAGAUGAUCAGAACCGCCGCGGUGGAAACAAGGGAGCUAGCGCCCCGGGUGGACAGAAGAGCCGGAAUGAUAAGGAUGCAUUGGCCUUGGAGGCGCGCAAGAAGCGAUUCGCGACUGCUGCUUGA